GAUGGCGCUAAAUUAUUAACUGGUGUUGGAGAGUAUUAGUCUAGAAUAAGGAACGCCUAAAAGAAGCGAACUCUUUCUUUUUGUGAAUUAUUGCGUGCAUUACGUUUCGUGUCCAACAGGGCUUAAAAAAUGCGUUACGUGGCCGCUUACUUGCUUGCUGUACUUGGUGGGAACAAGAAUCCUUCCGCUAAAGAUCUUGAGAAGAUCUUGGGAAGUGUGGGUAUUGAAGUUGAAAGUGAACAACUUACAAAAGUAAUAAAAGAACUUGGUGGGAAAGAUCUUAAUGAAUUGAUGGAAGCAGGAAAAGCCAAGCUGGCAUCCAUGCCAGUAGGAGGUGGUGUUGCUGUAACAGGUGGAACUGGUGGUGGCAGUGGUACUGGAGGCAGUGCACCUGCUGCUGAAGAGAAAAAAGAGGAAGCAAAGGAAGAAUCUGAAGAGUCUGAGGAUGAUGACAUGGGCUUUGGUUUAUUUGAUUAAACAGAGAAAAAGACCAAUAUUGACUUUUUUUUGACACCAGAGUUUGGUGCAAAAUUAUAUAUCUUUUGUACCUGGCUUGUUUAUAAUAAACUUGUUGGGAGUUCA